CGGCUCCGCGACAAGUGGAUGGAGUUUCAAGGGAUCAAGAACUGGGAGGGACUGCUCGAUCCCCUCGACGACGAUCUCCGUAACGAGAUCCUCCGCUACGGUGAGUUCGUCGAAGCAGCUUAUCGCUGCUUCGACUUCGACGUCACUUCAUCCACUUACGCCACGUGUGUAAAUCCCAAAACCUCAAUAUUAUCUAAUAAAAAAGGGUACACAGUGAAAAGGAACCUGUAUGCCACAUGCGGGAUCCAGCUGCCAGAAUGGACAGACAGGCUACCAGACUGGGUGUCCAUUCAGUCCAGCUGGAUCGGGUACGUGGCGGUUUGCGAUGAUGCAGACGAGAUCGCCCGCCUGGGAAGGCGCGACGUGGUCAUUGCGUACCGUGGCACCGCCACGUGUAUGGAGUGGCUCGAGAAUUUACGCGCCACGCUGGCGUGCCUGCCAGACGACAUGGCGCCCGACAGCUGUGAGUCAAUGGUGCAGACCGGUUUCCUGAGUCUGUACACGUCUGGUAGCCCGAGCUUGCAACAAGUGGUCCGGGAGGAGAUUAGUAAAAUCCUCCGGGAAUACGGCGGAGAGCGGCUGAGCAUAACGGUGACGGGGCACAGCCUGGGGGCGGCGCUGGCGACGCUGACGGCGCACGACAUAAAGGCGACGUUCGAGGAGGCGCCGCUGGUGACGGUGGUGUCGUUCGGGGGGCCGAGAGUGGGGAACGGGAGCUUCCGGAGGCAGCUGGAGAAGAGGGGGACGAAGGUGCUGAGGAUCGUCAACUCCGACGAUCCGAUAACUAGAAUGCCGGGAUUCGUGGUGGAUGAGAACAAAGCAAAGCUUUGGUGGCUGAAGAAACACGGGGCGUAUGCGGAGAUAGGGAAGGAGCUGAGGCUGAGCAGCAAGGGCUGCCCGCAUCUCAGAAACAGGGGAGUUGCCACGUGUCACGAUCUCAAGACGUAUUUGCACUUGGUUGACAAUUUUGUGAGCUCAAAUUGUCCUCUCAGAGCAACACUUCUCAACCUCAAGGGAUCUAAUUAA